GCUCGCAGUGCUCUUCACAGUUGUUCAGCGGCGUUGGACGAAUACGGACGCGAGUGAAAGUGAAAUCGCGGGUUUUGCUCAAUAUUUCGAAAGGCGGUUUUUUCGUGACGUUGUAAAACUGGUUUAUUUAAUAUUUUUGUGAACACAUCUCCUAGCUGCGCACCGUUCCUGCCAUCGUUGCAUACUGUCGGUGCCAUAUCGACGAGCCGCUGUCAAGAAACAGCAUUUCCACCAGUGAUCCAGACACGUGCUCGAAAUUCAAAUGUUAUCCAAAGGAAUCAGGAAUCAGUAUUUUGCAACGAUAUGUGCAAACCUCGCCACACUCAUAUACGGUUUGUCCAUCGGCUGGCUGUCACCAAACUUGGAGCUGCUGUUGUCUCCCGCCACACCGCUCAGUUCCGGCCCGAUUAGUUCUUCCGAAGCCGGCUGGAUCGGCUCGAUCGGAACGGUAGGAUGUGUCAUCGCUGUACUCAUUUGCGGCUGGGUGGCCGAAAUCGCCGGCCGGAAGGCCGCACUAAUGCUCAUUGGCGUGACGCAGCUGGCCAGUUGGGUUAUCGUCAUCUUUGCCUCAAAUCUAAACAUGAUCUACACGUUUAGGAUUUUGGGUGGCUUUGCCGGCGGAGGUACAUUCUCCGUGAUACCUAUGUUUGUGUCGGAAAUCUCGGAGGAUAGAAUCCGCGGAAGCCUGGGGGCCGUUUUAUCCAUCACUUGCAAUAUUGGCAUACUGUUAGGUUUUAUCCUAUGUUACUAUUUAGAAUACCUUACAGUCACUUACAUCGCGUUAGCGUUCUGCAUUUUAUUCUCUGUUGGGUGUAUGUUCCUACCCGAAUCUCCGCAAUAUUUGUUUACCAAGGAAAAGAAAGAUAGAGCGAUAAGGUCCCUGCGUUUCUACCGAGGAGAAGCCGACAACGAGUCGUCGAAAUUUAUUUCGGAAGUUGCCAAAUUCAAAGAGGUCGGCAACGUCCCGAAAGAGUCAACCAGACGAGUGCAAUUACAUAUUAAAGAUUUAUUGAACAAAGCAACUUUGAAAGGCAUUUUAAUUUGUGUCAUAGUGAUGAUGUUCCAUCCGAUGUCCGGAUCGGUACCACUGAUCACCUUUACCGAUAGAAUCUUCCGCGACUCAGGUUCGGACCUUCCGCCGGCCACUUGCGCCAUGAUCGUCGCCGCCAUCCAACUGGUGGGAUCCUACGUGUCCUCGGUGACGGUGGACAAGGCAGGGCGAAAGGUGCUUCUCGUAACGUCUGCCUUUGGAUGUGCCUUUUGCUCCGCCACGAUGGGAACCUAUUCAUUCCUGAACACGAACGGGUUCGACCUGAGUUUCUUCAAAUGGAUCCCGGUGACCACCCUGUCCGGCCUGGUGUUCAUCACUGCCAUUGGCAUUGGUAUAGUUCCAUUCAUCAUCAUGCCGGAAAUCCUGGAGCCACGCGUGCGUGGCUUCGUCAUUACGUGGUGCUUGCUCGAGUUCCACGCAGUCGCAUUUUUAGUGGUAAAAUUUUUCCCUUCAAUCGUGGACAGAAUCGGCCUAUAUCCGGUCAUGUGGUUCUUCUCGUGCUGCUGCGUGUUGGCGGCCUUAUUUGUGAUAUUCUACGUGCCAGAGACUAAAGGUAAAAGUUUCGAAGAAAUCACGGAAUCGCUGGAUUCUGAGAAGAAAGCCGUACCAAAGCGAACCUCCAUGGAUGUUUAAAUGUGCUAUACCAAUCGAGUCAAACAAACAAAACGAAAACAGAUAAGUUACAACAAAAUGCUGUAAAAUAUACAAUAAAAAAACGGAAAC